AAUAUAAAAAUUUCAAUUCAGAACCUCGCUGCUUUCAAAGAUGUGCACACUACAAUUGGAAAUGAGAGUGGAACAGUGAUCGCGACCAGAGUUUUGUGAUAACCUGCUGGAAAAUUGCGUUCGGAUCACUGUUGUUAAGUUCCGGUAUUGUUUGUGAUUGAUGGUUGUUCCGGUGAUGAGUUUGGAUUGUGUUGGAAUUAUGAUCCAUCUCCAACCCGAGCGGUUGAAGUCAGCGACGUAUGGCAAAACAAGUUGCAAUAAGUGACUAUCGGCAGCGGCCGUCCCCGACACGCAUGAAACGUCCCCUGAACAAGUUCCGUCUUGCGUACUUACGCAGGCAGUUUAGCAGAGACUUGCAGGAAUGGCCUCAAACGGAAUGGACACUACUCGAUCCAAAAACGAUAUAAACCAGUGCACGGAAUCGAUCAGUGCGGUUGUCAGUGAUAGUGCAUCGUCGCCGAAGCGUGGUGAUUGUGCCGUCGUCGUCAACGGUGAGGCGAACGCGCCUGAAGACGUCCACGAUGCGGAGGAACAGUCGCCGCUCCUCAGCAACAAGCAAUCGAAUUCGAUUACGGUUUCUAGUCAGCCAAGCCAAAGGAGGAACUCGCUCGAGGCCGCGCUCAACGCGAAAAACAAGCCCAAGCUCAACAAUCUCUAUGAAAACCCCAUCGAUGUCGUCAAACAGCCGGAUACAUUGAAGAAAAAUAUCAUCGACAUGGAAAAAAUGUCGGAGGAGGAUCGACCGGUGCUACAUGUGCAGUUCAAUAACGACAAAAAAAGCGACUCAUCCAUCGCCAAAGAUCCGUGUUCCACACCCUCCAGUCUUUCAUCCUCAUCUUCAUCUUCCAGUAGCAGCGAAUCAAUUAUUGUAUCUGAGGCUCGCCCACCAGACGGCGGUUGGGGUUGGGUUGUGGUCAUCGCCUCCUUCAUAGUCAAUCUUAUCGCCGACGGAAUUACGUUCAGUUUUGGUAUUAUAUUCGUCGAAUUUUUGAAUUAUUUCGGCCAGAAUCGUGGCACCACCGCUUGGAUUGGCGGCCUUUUCAUGGCCAUGCCUCUCUUGUCCGGUCCCAUAGCUAGUUUCCUUACAGACCGCUAUGGUUGUAGGAAAGUCACAAUAUGUGGAGCCAUCAUGGCGUCUGUCGGUUUCAUAAUAUCCUCUAGGGCCAACAGUAUGACAGUACUGUGCAUCACUUUUGGAAUUUUGGCUGGUUUCGGCCUUAGUCUUUGCUAUGUAGCUUCAGUAGUAAUAGUAGCAUACUACUUCGAUAAGAGGCGAUCCUUUGCAACAGGUUUGGCAGUGUGCGGCAGCGGAAUAGGCACCUUUAUUUUUGCACCUCUAAUCCAGUUAUUGUUGGACGAGUACGGUUGGAGAGGCACCACAUUAAUAUUAGCGGGACUGUUCCUGAAUUUGAUUGUUUGCGGUGCGUUGAUGAGAGAUCUUCCUUGGACUUCCGAACAGCAGAAGAACGCCGCCAAGGAACGCAAACGCAAUCGUACUUUGAAACGAAAGAACAAGGGCUCCUCCGCUGACAGUUUUUCCGUAAGCAAUAGUACCAAUACAGCUAGUGUGUUACAACCAAUUUUAGAGAAUAAAGAGAUGGAAACCGACGAAAACGCCCAAGACAGGCUGUGCAGCAGUUUGGUUAACUUACCAACGUUCGUUAGAAACGGUGAGAAAGUACCGAUUGAAGUAUUAGAACUGUUGUCGACGCACAGAAACGUGUACAACGUGCUGUUGACCAACUAUCCAAAUCUUUUGACACCAUCAAGAAGUUUUAGCGAGUCUGGACGGCUGCACGACGCGAAUUUCAUGUCUUCCAAAUACGCCCAAUCCCAACAUGCCACCUCGCCUCCGCCGAUUAAUCACAACGAAGACAACGCGUAUCUAUGGUGGUUGAAAAGAAGUCAAUUGACCCCUCCCAGGAUGAAUCCUCAGAAAAAAUUGCAAACGACCACAGCUUUUCUCAGAGAUCUACGCAUUCAUAGGUUAUCUGUAACUUAUCGUGGGGCCAUGUUGAAUAUUAACAGAUACAGAUUAAGAGCUUCCUCCUGUCCCGACAUUUACAGGAACUCUAUGACGACAAUAGCGAAGGAAAAGGAGGUCUGGUACUCGGGCCUGUGGGAUUUGUGGGAUUUAUUGGUUGACAUGUUUGAUUUUUCACAUUUCGCCGAUCCCAAGUUUCUGUUGUUCGCCAUCUCGAAUUUCCUCCUCUACACAUGGUACGAUGUUCCGUACGUGUAUCUAAAGGACAAUGCCAUCAGCUUUGGGUACUCGGACAGGGAUGCCUCGUUGUUGAUUUCUAUCAUAGGAAUCAUUAAUAUGUUAGGAGAGGUGAUAUUGGGAUGGGCCGGCGACAGAUCCUGGGCAAACGCGAGUCUGAUUUACGCCGUGUGCAUGGGGUUGUGUGGAGGUAUAAUCGCGCUAAUUCCGUUGCUGAAGGAGUAUUGGUCACUGUGCUUCGUGUCGGGUGCGUUCGGUUUUCUGAUUGCCGCUAAUUAUUCGCUCACCUGCAUCAUACUCGUGGAGCUCAUCACAUUGGAACGGUUCACGAACGCGUAUGGACUCCUGCUGCUUGUACAGGGGGUUGCCAAUUUAAUUGGACCACCUCUUGGAGGGUGGAUCUACGAUAUAACAGGCUCCUACGACCUAUCGUUUUACUUGGCCGGUUUCUUCAUAGCAAUAUCGGGCGUGAUGCUGCUGAUUUUACCUGCGACAAAGCGCUGCAAGAAAAUUAUCCUGAGUCAAAGGCAAAAGUCCUGUGACUCGACACAAAACAAUCAACAGAAACAUAAAUCUGGAUUCUUCGCGUUCUGUCUUAAGAACAAGCACGAAAAAGUUGAGGUAGACCACGCCAGUCACAUUUAAAAACCUUCCACAAGUGAACUUAAAGAUUAUUAGUAUUUUGUAGUACUUUUUUAGUAGAAUAUACCAUACAAUUUUUGAUGAGGCCUCCGUAGGUUUGUAACCUAUUAUAAUUACAAUUAAGGCCGGUUAGGUUUAAAGAUCGUACUAUUGUAGAAGAAUUUUUCAGAGUGCUUCAAAAAAAAUCACAGUUAGUCAGUCAUACAACUGGAAUUGCGGUUGUAUGACUUGGUUGACGACGCUGUUGAAUUUCGUACAGUAUUCGCGUAAUGGUUAAGAUUCGAUGCUGUUCUGUCGUUUUAGGUCCUUCCUGUUGAAUAUAAACCACCGUAUUUACUACCUCCUUAAUAAUACAAUUUGACAAUUUUAAUGAAUAUUGAAUAGCUCAUUUUACUGGUAGCGUUGAUAGUGUUCUAAAAGUAGAAAAAUUCUCUAUGUAGACUUUUUCGAAUCUCAGGUUCUAAAUUAUUUUAGUAAAGAUCUGUAAAUAAAGCAAUUGUUAAAUACAAUACAUAAACUAAACUAAACUGAAUUGUUUUAGUAGUAUUAAUAGGCAUAUUUUAAAUCUUGUCUGUCGGUUCAGUUUGUGAGUACAAAAGUUUAAUUUUAAAGGAUUCUUGCUUUUAUUUAUAUACUCGUUAUUGUGCAGCUAAUAAUAUAAUAUUCUAAAAACAGUGUUUUUGAACCAUUUUACAAUUUGAAUGUUGUUUUAAUUUCCAAUUAUAUUCGUGUUGUAUGUGCUAACUUGUUAUACGAGUACCUUAUGUUCGGCCAUUCGUCAUUUUGAUGUUUCAUUUUUGCAGGGUGUUUUACCAAAAUAUAACAUUAUACUUAGGCUAGGUUCCAAAUAAAAACAUAUACAGAGUGAAAUCUGGUCCGGGCGACACCUCUACAGCCUAACUGCAUGUAACAUUGUCGUUUGUAUCCGGUACCACUCUGUAUAUUCGGCUGUGGAAAUAAUUAGAGUAGAUUAAAACAGUGGUCGUGUAUCAACGUUUCCGAACGGUCCCUGAUGACGGUCUUGUGAUGGAAACGUCGUCCGAUUUGUCUGUAGACCCCAUGACACUGAUUCUAUAUUGAGCAAACUAUAUGAUAUAUGCACCUGGUUUUUAUAUAUUUUCAAAUUUGUCAUUCGGAAAACGAACCAGAGUUUUACGCAUGAAUCGACAUUAGCCUGGUAGCAAAAUAGUCGACUCUUGUGUGAAAUUCUGCCUGUUUGUUGGAAUACAAAGCAUAACUGUGAUUUUGACGUGCGAAGUAGAGUUUAAGUUGUUUUUUCGUUUAUUGCACUAACAGCGUAAUGAAAUAAACUUUAUAGGACUUAAAGGUAAUUGAGAAAAACAGUAUUUUUGUUAAUUUUAUGAUUUUCCUUUUGUUUGUUGAUUUAUGUAUAAAACAAGAAAUAUGGUUUCUUGUGUAACUGUUAGUCGAUUUAUUUUACCUGUAUAUUGUAUUAUUAUAAUUAAUAAUAGAUAUUGAUAAAUUUAAAGGUUACGAAAUAAAAUGCAGAUACUUUAA